GGAUGUACACAGGUUGUAGUUUACAAAUAUGGCGGAGAAGUUACUCCAUGAACCUCUUCCACCGCCGUGGACAUACGGUGUUUCGAAAGACGGUCGCGUCUUUUUCAUCAAUGACGAAUCCCAGACCACGUCAUGGCUGCACCCCUUCCUCGGGGAACCGAUCUCGACUGGGAACCGUCCCCGACAAGAUCUUCCUCGUGGAUGGGAGGAGACCGUCACACCAGAAGGUGCUCCGUAUUUUGUAAAUCAUAAUGAAAGGAAGACAACAUUUAACCAUCCAUCCACUGGUCAACCUGAAUUAACCGAUGAUUUACAUUACCUUGUAGAAAGGUCCCCAAAGAAAGACCAGCUGAGUGUAAGCUCAUUUUCCACCAAUACUGACAUGGAGAAACCAAAUUUUGUCAAGAAAACUGUGCCUAAGAAGGCAGCCCCUGCUGUGAAGCGGAGAGACAAGUCUAAUGUGACUGUACGUGGGUGGCUGUAUAAACAGGACAGUAGUGGGUUGAAGACAUGGAGAAAGAGAUGGUGUGUUUUAGAUAGUUUGGAUUCUGGCAACAGUGGUGCUCCAAGCUCUGUUCCUUCAAGUGACAUGCACCCUCGUAGCCAAAGCCAUACUCUGCCAUCAAAAGCACAUUACCAGAGAUCCCCAGCUGUCAGGUACCCCACAAUGCCCUGGAAUGCAUCCUAUCAAACUCCAGAAUCACAACAAAUUGACCUACCUCCUAAUGAUAGAUCACAUUCUGUCAAGUAUGGUACCUUGCCAUCACAGAGUUCAUAUCCAGUUCAAGAACCUCGCCAGGAGCCAAUCCGAUCUGCUGAGAAGUACCACACCAUGCCACUUCGUCCUUCUCAACAACAACAACAACAACAACAACAGCAACAGUACUAUAGUCCUGAAUCAUUGAGUCCAUCCAGUCCAAGGGAAAUGCAGAGACAGGAGUCAUUGCGAAAACUCCAUGAUUGGGUUAAAACAAGGGAAGGCAGUAGUAGUGAUGCCUUAAGGACUUCCACACAGUCAUUACCAGUCCAAAAAACUACCACUGUAAAUGAUUAUGCAAGGAGGGACACCACAACACAGUAUAAGUCAACACCACCUCAAAACACCAACACAACACCGCAUCGACCUCCUCUUCCGAAUGACUAUAGCAGAAAACAUAAAGAGGAUGAGAGGCUUAGAAAUGAGGAACAGUUUAGAAAUCUGCAGAAAAAGAAAGAAAUGGAGCCGCUUGUGUUUCGGUUUCCAGAAACAAACACUUAUCAGCAACCAGGCAAGUCCCCUGAGCAGCGUUCAUUUCUUCAGAGCCCAGUAGGUGUGGGAACAGAACAGAGGACUGUCAUACAAAGUCCUUACACAUUCAAUAUAUUUUCUGAUAAACGACCUGCUCCUCAACAACAGCAUAGACAGCAGAAUGGUCAUUAUAGGUCACCUAACAAGGCACCAUCAGGUUAUUACUCGGAAUCUGAUGCCACAGAUCGAUCCCAUCCAAAUUACUCUGCAGAAAGACAAGUAUAUCCAUCUCAUCAGCAGUCGGAGAGGGCAGUAGAUAGUAGACACCUAUACACCCAUCAGGAGGAAUCGCCUCAUGCAUUAAGUCCCAAUCGAUCACAGUAUUCACCUAGAGGAACACAAGAACACACUUACAGAUCACAAAGCAGUAGAAGUUUAGAAGACAUUGAACGCAAGUCUAGAAAUCUAACUGAUGUCAUGGACUUAGAGACAGGAUACCACCAGCAACCACAGCAAUACAGAAAUCAGGCUGAAGAUCUUGUAGAUAAAGUAAUGAGACGCAUGGAUACAAAGCCCCCACCUGGAAGUGGUGGUGGUGGUGGUCGCAUGAAGAAAUUGUCAAAGAAACCACCCGAAUUAAUGACAAUGAAUGGGCAUAGAUUAAGACUUAGUAUAUCAGCUGGUGAUCUCAUGGGCAAAACACACGAGGAAUUAGUGUUAUUGUUAAUUCAGUUAAGACGAAAUUAUGCUGGUAUGGAAAAAUCUAAAGAUAUAUUGAAGCAGCAGAUAGAACUGGAGAAAGAUAUAUUAGCACAUCCACAUGGUCCCACAGGAAAUAGCCAAUCUUAUAGAAAACAGUACAGUGAUGACUUUAGAAGAACCCAACAGGAAUUAUUUGAGCAUCAGAGAAAGUAUGAGGAAAUGAAAAAGGAAAAUGAUGAAAUUGAAAAACGCCUUGAUGUCAGUAGGCCGCUGAUUAAUUUGGUGGACAAUUUAGUCAAAAUGGGAAGUCUGUAUGGAGGAGAGAAUGCUAUGGUUGUACAAGAAUUAUACAAGUAUCAAUAUCAGUUGCGUGGCGACCAAUACACCCCUCCAAAGAGACUAAUAGAGUUUUCGCGAAAACUCCAAGAGGAUAAGCUGGUGCAUGACCAUGAAGCUGAACUUAAAAAAUUGGAAACAAAAGAUGAUAGAGAUUUAGAGGAAAAGCUUCAACGAUUGUAUGAUUUAGAUAGGAAAUUGCAAGACUGUUCUACUUACGUGAGUGGGCUUCGAGAAGAUAUGGAUAAAAUUGAGAAGGGCCUUGAAAGGAUUAACAAGCAUUUAGAUCAGUAUAGAGAUAAUCCUACAGAAUAUCAUGAAAUAGAAAAACAAAGAAUAGUACUGGAAAAAGAGCUUGUCAAAGUACGAGCCAUGUUGGCUGAUGGUAGUAAGGAAUCCAUGAGAGCAAAGAUUAAGUUAGAAAAAGAACUGAAUCAAGCACAGGUUAUCAUUGAUGAUUUAUCACGGCAGAAAAAUGCUCUACAAGCGGAAAUGGAACAAGUUCGAGAAUUAGCAGUAGAAGAAUCUAAGAUGAAAGAUCUAAGCGAGAAGACCCAUGUUAUUAAUGAUAGCCACAUUUCUGGUCCUUACAUGGUGACUGACUUGGAUUCAUUGAGUACAAAGGAUAUAUCUCAGAUGAAAACACCGCCCAAAGCUGCAGCACCUCAAAGAUCAGACAGUUUUAAAAAAGUGCAGAAAAUGAAGAAACAAGUACAACAACUAGCACAGCCACCUCCUGCAACACAGAGAUCUUAUUCUGCCACUCCUCCUAAAGAUCAGACUUACACAACAACACAGCUAGUUUCAUCAGCUCCAUCUAGAAGCAAGACUAAACCUAUACAAGUCAUUUCACCUAUGCAACAGCCAAACCGACCCCCUCCACCCAAGUAUUACCAAACAGGAUCCGACUCCCCGGCUGAUGCUACUCAGUACACUCCUAAAUCCAGUGCCAGCCAUCCACGUACAGUUAGUGCAAGCGACAAGUCGAAACAUACUAUGAGAGAAGUGAAACGAGAGUCUGAACGGCGGAGUCGUGAAAAGGAAAUGAAGAAAGUCAAUGGGGAUGAGCUGCGGCAGAGAUCAUCUUCAGCAGAUAGAACAUAUACAAGUCCUGCAAGGAAAUCGCGAACACUGCCUUCAAGGAGGUAUAUGGGGGUUCAAAGAUCUCCUGAUGGUAGAAGCAACUCACUUGGUGGGAGAUAUGAUGCUUACCCUCGUUUAACUGAUCAGCUUCGAACCACUGGGCGGCCAUCAAGUGCAAAUUCUGAUUCUGAAAGGACCACCACUACCGUUACAACAAGACGACAGAGAACGCUGUCAGCUGGAGAAGAUCCAAUUAUGCAUAGAAGUAGGGUUGAAGCCCCUCUCCAGUCAGCUCCCCCACCGAUACCAAACGAGUACAGAAGACAAGGUGGAUUGAGAUCUACAGAUGGCGUAAAUCCAAGAAUAAGAUCAAAGAGUGCUAUUGAGCGUGCUGCAGUACGGGCAAAAAGAUCCCAAACGUUACCUAGUGGUUUAAAUGCAGACAGUCGGUAUAUAGUAUCUGAUGUGGACUCCUCUCAGGCAUGUGGUGAUAACUCAAUAUAG